AUGGUUAGAGUAAGGAACCAAAGAUGGAGGAAGACUCGCAUGGAAAGUGGUGUAGGGAAAAUGCUACUGUUUGUCUUGGUUGUCCUCCUCCAUGCUACUGUUCGUCUGUCUUUAGGAGUUUUGGCCUCCCUCUUCUUUGGAAUCAAGGUGAUAAAAGUAGCAUUUACUCCUGGUGAAACCUCCCCUUUGGAGAAGAAUUCGUUAAAGACUUCCAAGAUUUCUGAUUUCACCAUAUCCCAAUACUCAAUCCUAAUUAAUGGUGUAGCAAAGGACUUCUUCCCGGCUAGGAGAGGAAUUAGGCAAGGUGAGGACACUCACAAACAUCUCAAGGAAUUCCAUGUUGUCUGUUCAAGCAUGAAACCACAGGGUAUGACCAAGGACCAGACGAUAGUCAACCCCAAGGAAAAUGCAAGUGCAGUGGUGCUAAGAAGCGGGAAGGUGUUGCAGCCCCAACCUACCUCACCAACGAAGGCAGAUAAAGGAGAUAAGGAAGAGGAGAGACAAGGUUCAAACGAGGACCCCAUUGAGGUAAUAUCCGAUCCCCCUCUCCCUAAGAUUACUAAUGCCAUUGUACCACCUUUUCCUAGUAGGUUGGAAAAGUCCAAGAAGGAGGAAUAUGAGCAGGAAGUCUUAGAAACCUUCAGGAAGGUGGAAAUCAACAUCCCCUUGUUAGAUGCUAUAAAACAUAUCCCGAAGUAUGCAAAGUUUCUAAAAGAAUUGUUCACUAACAAGAGGAGGCUGCGAAUCAAUGAGAAGGUAAGGGUUGGGGAAAACGUUUCAGCUGUCAUCAAGAGGACUUUGCCAGAAAAACGUGUUGAUCCAGGUCCCUUGAAGGAAAUUAGGGUUGUUAUUCAGCUAGCUGAUCGUUUUAAUGCCUACCCGGAAGGGAUUGUUGAGGAUGUUGAAUGUCAUUCGAUCUACUCUAUUGAUACCAUUGAUUCGAUUGUGUGGGAAGUUUUUGGAGAGGAGGACAUGGAUGAGGAACUUGAAUUCAGUGCACAAUUGGACAGGGAGGAGGAAUUCGAUACACCCUAUGACACUCCAAAACUGAUGCCGGAACAAAAGUAUGCGUACUUGGGCGAAAAAGAGACACUACCCAUGAUCAUUGCGAAAGGGUUGACUGAAGAACAAGAGGAGUGGCUCAUCAACGUCCUAAAGGAACAUAAGGCGGCGAUUGGUUGGACCUUAGCCGACAUAAAGCAGAUCAACCCCUUGAUUUGCAUGCAUAGGAUCCUUUUGGAAGAUGGUGCCAAACCAGUUAGAGAACCACAAAGAAAACUCAACCCGAUAAUGAAAGAAGUAGUGAUGAAAGAAGUACUUAAAUUGUUAGAUGAAGGGAUAAUCUACUCAAUUUCAGAUAGUAAAUGGGUAAGUCCUAUACAUGUUGUACCCAAGAAAACUGGGGUAACCAUGGUAAAAAAUCAAAAUAAUGAACUAAUCCCAAUGAGGGUACAAAGUGGCUGGUGUAUGGUAAUUGAUUUUCGAAAACUUAAUUUGGCCACUCGAAAGGACCACUUUCCCUUACCCUUCAUCGAUCAGAUGUUAGAAAGAUUAGCAGGUAAAGCCUUCUUCUAUUUUCUCGAUGGAUUCUCAGGAUAUUAUCAGAUAGUUAUUGCCCAGGAGGACCAAGAGAAAACAACUUUCACUUGCCCAUUCGGUACCUUUGCUUAYAGACGGAUGCCUUUCGGUCUGUGUAACGCUCYAGGCACUUUUCAAAGAUGCAUGAUAAGUAUAUUCUCUGAUUUUAUUGAGAAGUGCAUUGAAGUGUUCAUGGACGAUUUUACUGUUUAUGGUGAUUCAUUUGAUGAUUGCUUAAAUAAUUUAAGAAAAAUUCUGAAUCGAUGUGUAGAGACAAAUCUUGUUUUGAUUUAUGAAAAAUGCCACUUUAUGGUAAAGGAAGUUAUUGUGUUGGGAUAUGUUAUUUCGGCUAGAGGAAUAGAGGUCGACAAGGCCAAGAUUGAUUUAAUUAUGAGCUUACCUUACCCGACAAAUGUUAGAGAAGUUCGUUCCUUUCUUGGACAUGCAGGUUACUAUCGUAGGUUCAUCAGAGACUUUUCAAAAAUCGCCCUGCCAUUGUCCAACUUGCUUCAGAAAGAUGUGCCUUUCGAUUUCGGUGAUGAGAGCAAGGAAGCAUUUGACAAGCUCAAGAUACUAUUAACAAUUGCACCCAUUAUUCAACCACUUGAUUGGAACUUGCCCUUUGAGAUCAUGAGCGAUGCAAGCAACUAUGCGUCGAUUAUGUCUCAAAAUGGGUGGAAGCAAAGGCCACCAGGACUGAUGAUUCUAAGUGUGUUGUAG